CCGCGCCGCCCGCCCCGCCCGCGCAGCCCGCUCCGCCCGACCCGCCGCGGCCGCUAUCGCCAGCACAACAUGGCAGGAGCUGGAGGAGGAAAUGACAUUCAGUGGUGUUUUUCUCAGGUGAAAGGCGCUGUAGAUGAUGAUGUAGCAGAAGCGGAUAUAAUUUCUACAGUAGAAUUUAACCAUUCUGGAGAGUUGUUAGCAACAGGAGACAAAGGAGGGAGAGUUGUCAUCUUUCAACAGGAGCAGGAGAACAAAACCCAGUCUCACAGUAGGGGAGAAUACAAUGUUUACAGUACCUUUCAAAGCCAUGAACCAGAGUUUGACUACUUGAAAAGUUUAGAAAUUGAAGAGAAGAUCAACAAAAUUAGGUGGUUACCCCAGAAAAAUGCUGCUCAGUUUUUAUUGUCUACAAAUGAUAAAACAAUAAAGUUAUGGAAAAUCAGUGAAAGGGACAAAAGACCCGAGGGUUAUAAUUUAAAGGAGGAGGAUGGACGGUAUAGGGAUCCUACUACAGUUACAACACUACGGGUGCCAGUGUUCAGGCCCAUGGACCUCAUGGUGGAAGCCAGCCCACGCAGGAUAUUUGCCAACGCUCACACGUAUCACAUCAACUCCAUCUCCAUCAACAGUGACUAUGAGACGUACCUGUCUGCAGACGACCUGCGCAUCAACCUGUGGCACCUGGAAAUCACUGACAGAAGUUUUAAUAUUGUAGAUAUCAAGCCUGCCAACAUGGAGGAGCUGACAGAGGUGAUCACAGCUGCAGAGUUCCACCCCAACAGCUGCAGCACGUUUGUCUACAGCAGCAGCAAAGGCACAAUUCGCCUGUGUGACAUGAGGGCAUCAGCCCUGUGUGACAGACAUUCAAAGUUGUUUGAAGAACCAGAGGAUCCUAGCAACAGAUCAUUUUUCUCUGAAAUCAUCUCUUCCAUAUCUGAUGUCAAAUUUAGCCACAGUGGUCGAUAUAUGAUGACUAGAGAUUAUCUGUCAGUGAAGAUCUGGGAUUUAAAUAUGGAAAAUAGACCUGUGGAAACAUACCAGGUGCAUGAAUACCUCAGGAGUAAACUCUGCUCACUGUAUGAGAAUGAUUGCAUUUUUGACAAGUUUGAAUGCUGUUGGAAUGGAUCAGACAGCAUUGUCAUGACAGGGUCUUACAACAACUUCUUCAGGAUGUUUGAUAGGAACACGAAGCGAGACAUCACCUUGGAGGCGUCGCGGGAGAACAACAAACCGCGCACGGUGCUGAAGCCGCGCAAGGUGUGCGCCAGCGGCAAGAGAAAGAAGGACGAGAUCAGUGUCGACAGCUUAGACUUCAACAAGAAGAUCCUGCACACAGCCUGGCACCCCAAGGAGAACAUCAUUGCUGUAGCUACCACAAACAACUUGUAUAUAUUUCAAGACAAGAUGAAUUAGGGUUGGCAUUCCUAACUGAAGAGUCACUUCCUGCAUAGUUGAAAUAGUUGAAUCUAGCAUUUGUACCUGUAACAAAAGCAAGUGAGAGGUCCAUUAUGGCACCCCUUUCCAGUGUUUAAAAAUGUGCCAUAUGACAACACACUUUUCUAGCUCCAUGGAGAAGGCUCUGUGGUUCUGUUGUCUCCGUUCCUGCUAGCCAUUUAGGUGAGGAUAGGGCACUUUUUAAUUUAAAUGACUACUUGCACCAUCUUGCCUAAUGGACUAGACUGGACUGUCUCAACAUCGGUUUACUCCACUUUUUAUGCCUUCCAUUGUGAUGACGUCAGACACAGGGAAAGCCUUCAAUCAUGCUAUGGGAUUUAAUUGUGUAACCUCAUUACUGUAUCAUUCGUGGCCCCCUUUUUUUAUUAAAUACAGCUCAUUCUUGCUGUGGCUUGUAGCAUUCCUCCUCCUUCUGGCCUCCUGGACUCCCCCUUCCCCCUUCGUCCCCCCUCCACCUCGCCUUGGUGGUGGUGUAUGGAAAAAAAAUAAACAAAAUAAAGCACAUAAAAUGGGUCCUUUUGGGGUCAGUGGUAAAGGGGGUCUGUGUUGCAACAAGUGUUUUAAUAAACAGUUGACUGUAAUCACUCCUUGCCAUGUCUGGCACCAAAAAAAAGAGAAAAUAAGGAAAAAAAACUACUGAAUAAAAGUGACAAAGAAUGGAGAAUCUGUUUUCUUUUUUUUUUUUUUAAUCUACCUCUUUAUACAAAUACUCUGUGUUUUACCUUAGAUGCAUGAAAAUAAAAUUAUGUUUUUUGUAAUGAUUUUAACCAGUAUUAAUUAUUUUUCAUGGGAAUGAAGAGAGGGAGGGAUUUCACAGGUACCUGCAUUCACUCCUGAGCAAUCUGGGCACCAGCCAGUGUAUGACCACUUCCAUCUCAGCACCACAACUGCUGUCAGGUUUUGAUCUGAGCAGCCACUUCCUGUGCCCUUGAAUGCUCCUCUUUUUAGCCUGUUGCUUUAAUCAGAAAGGGAAUAGAAUCUUCAGGUUUUAAAUUCCAUUUUUUGGGACUGAUGUCUUAAUGUUUAGUUUCAUCCUGGUUUCUUCAAUGCCUUGUUUUAGGAUAAAAUACCUUUAAUGCCUUGUUUAGAGCACCAAGUCCCCUGUGGCUUUGUGAGAAAUUGUCCAAGCUCCUGUGUGGUGUUCUGUAGUACAAGCCAGCACCAUGGUUCCAUAGCUAAUGACUGCACUGCAUUCUGCUGCUCUAUUUUCUGUAUUUAUUGCUAACUGGAAAUGUAGUUUAACCAUGCAAAUGUUUUCUUCUGGCUUUUGGCUUUGCAAAGUUCCUGCACUUAUAGAAAUGUUCACUGGUGCGAGGAGCCAAACAUGUGGAGUACAGAAGCUGCAUGAAAUAAGUGUUCAUAGUGAUGUGAGAGAUUUCAACUCCUCAGCACAUAAGGCUUAUCCAAAGAUUAACUAGAUAUUGAUGCUUUAUAAGGCUCAUGAGUUUUUACUUCCAGUAUUUUUGCUGAUUGUGCUUUUAGGUUUUGUUCCUCCUUCAUGGAAAUGUUCAGUAAAGUUUGAAUUAAUGGUGAAUUUACCUUGACUGGCAGAAUUUUUGCUUUUGAGUUACCUGUAUUUAAUUAUUUCUGUGGCUUAGAGGUAGUUAUUAAAAUGACAUUAUGAUUUGAUCAA